GUGGUCUUGCAGCACUCUUCAACUCCCAACAAGUCAGCCGUCAGCGCUUUUUGUGCGUUUUGGGAAGCACUUCGGGGAUCUCAGACCUGGUAGUGAUCAACGUCCUUUGCCGGAUCAAUUCCACUUAAGUGCUUGCGAUUCUCUUGUCUCAAGAUGUUCGUGUGACAAACAUGCACAGAGGACUCGAGCCUUAUGCGUUGGACUUGAGUUUUUGUCUUUUCCUCCUUCUUGAUCCUUCCUGCAUUUCGGCUAAGUCUUGUGCUCAAGCCAUUCACGUGAAAGAACCCGAAGGACAGCUUUGCCGGCUUUCUGUCAAUCAUGUUUGACUUCAGCUGCACAUCUGCCUGCAACCCUCCAAACCCUUCGGCCAACACUGUGAAGGUGAACCUGGAUGACCUCUCCAAACGCGCAGAGGAAGCCGGGGCGGCUUCCGCCGAAGCCAAGAAGAGACUUGAAGAGGAAGCGGCUCGCAGCAAGGCAGAAGCUUUGAAGAAGGAGGAGGCAGCUCGUCGAGAGAAGGAAGCUGAAGAGCGCAGGAAGGAGGGGGAGCUCCAACGUCAGGCGGAGGAGAAGGCGGCUCAGGCGGCCAAGGAAGCUGCCGCUGCCGCCGAAGCUGCUGCCGCUGCCGCCGCGGAAUCUGAGAGGAAGCGUGCGGAAGAGGUGGAACAGGCAGCUGAGGCAGCUGCACGCAAGAACGAAGUGAUGGCAUGGCUCAAGAAGCAAGGCUUCACUGGAGUGAACAAUCCCAAGAAGUCCCUCUUCAGCAGCACCUACCCCUUGCACAAAGCCGCUGAAGCUGGCAAUGCCAAGAUUGUGGGAGGGCUUCUGGAGCAAGGAGCCAACCCCGCACAAAAGAACUCUGCUGGAAAGACAGCACAGGAGGUGGUGAUGAAGAAGAAGAAGGCCGACUCUCACAAAGAGGUGCUCGCUUUGCUUUCGUCUGCCACCGGUCGCACAUGAGUGGCUGAUAGUGGAGAGCGAGCCAAGCAACCAGUCAUCAUGGCAGGCGGUUCAUGAUCUACAUAUUAUGGACACAUGAUUUUCUUGUGUACAAGUAAGAACCGUGUCGCCUUUGGUACGGUGACCGUAACAUUGGGUUUUCUGGCUCGCUUCAUCUUUUUGGCCAUUUUUGAGGUCCAAAUGGGAUCAAAUCCAACGUUGUCAGCCCCCCUUUGCCCGGAAUGGCCAAUCGGGUGCUGACGUUCUCAAUUUGUCUAUUGUCCUCUGCCCCAAGCGGCGGGGGGUGCGUCACAAGAGCCUGCUCUCGGAGCAGCGCGUACAGACAGCGUACAGAUGGGGUGUCCCAAUGAAGCAAGCUGUCCCAGGAAUGCACUCUUGCAA